AAAGUGCGAAGUAUGUGUAAUUCAUGCCAUGUCCCAAUCAUCCCUCUCUCUCUCUCUCUCUCUCUCACACACACACACACACACAUAGAGAGUAAUUCAACUUGAUGUGAUUUAAGCAUUUGAGCAUUCUACAUGGUAUUGGUUUUGUAAUCAGUAUUAACCCGUUUGGUCUUUUGGCCGUUUGAAAGAUAUCUUGCCUGGAUGGGGGGAAACUAUGGAGAAAUAUCCUAGAGAGGCACUUGAGGUGGCAAAAGCAAUUUCAAGGAUCAUAGCUCUUGCACUUAACCUCGAGGUUGACUUUUUUGAUAGACAAGAAAUGCUUGGGAAGCCAAUUGCAACCUUGCGUCUGCUACACUAUGAAGGUAGAGUUUCUGAUCCCAUGAAGGGAAUAUACGAAGCAGGUGCACAUUCUGAUUUUGGUUUGAUAACACUCUUGGCAACUGAUGACGUCUUUGGUCUCCAGAUUUGCAAGGAUAAGGAUGCUAAACCUCAGAAGUGGGAAUUUGUAGCACCAUUAAAAGGAGCAUUUAUAGUGAAUAUUGGUGACAUGCUAGAGCGCUGGAGCAACUGUAUUUUCAGGUCCACGUUGCAUCGAGUGCUGGUUAAUGGUCAGGAGAGAUAUUCUAUUGCGUACUUUGUGGAGCCUAAUCAUGAUUGUCUUGUUGAAUGCUUGCCCACCUACCAGUCACAAGAGAACCCUCCCAAGUUUCCUCUUAUCAAAUGUGAAACUUCCAUGCUCCAGCAAUACAAGGAAACUCGCGUUGUUCUCGAGUCAUACGAAAAAUGAUACGCCAAACUCUGUUGUCAAUAUUACUGGAAUUUUCGCUUCAAGUGUAGAACACAAAGGUUAGAUCCUUCCUGCCGUGGUUUGUAUAGAAACAGGUUCACUUAGUUGAAUAUUGGAGAAAUAUCAUGUAAUCUUUUUUUGGUUGCAAAUGUAAUGUUGAUAUAUAUGUAAAACAUGUAUGAGAUUAUGCAAAAUAUUUAUUAAAAUUUUAUCUUUUUUUUU